AUACGUCUAAGCACGAGUUCUUAAAACCCCAGCAGCACUAGUUGUACGAGCUCUGUAACCAUGGCGGCCUUUGAACUUGUUCUCUCCCAGGCUCGCCGGCAUUGCAGCAGGCUUCAUCCUACUCGAAUCCAUCUUUUCCUUUCUUCUUCUUCAUCUCUGCAAUCUCCUCGCAGUGCGGGGUUGGGAUUUUCUAGAUCCACAACUCUAUUAGAUAAACCAUCAAUCUUCUACGGUACCAACUCUACUUCUAGUAACUCAUUUCUGCGGUUCCAUAGGUCCUUUUGUACUUCUUCGUCUUCCUCAUCUGACACGAAAUCAGAGGCUCGAACGGAUGAAUCUGUUGAAAGGCGUUCCCAGUCUGCACCUUUGAAGACGGUGUCUUACCCUGUAAAACCUAAGGAUCCAUCCUCCGCUGAGGAAGAACUUUCCAAACAGACUCAAACACCGGUACCUCGGAGACCAAGAGAGACUGAAAGAACAUUUGUCCGGCAAACAGAGACCGAUUCCGAGCCGGCGAAGACUGUAGAGCCUCGUAGUUGGACCCGGGAGGACUUUAGAUACGUGAAGGAUGUUCCGUCAAUAUCACCGGUAUCUUAUCCGGUAAAAGUCGCCCCUCUUCCGGAAGACAGACUUUCUGUUUCAGCAGAAGAAGCGCCUAAGGAAGAGGUAGAGAAGAAAGAAGAUACACAGGAGGAUAGGCAGUUGGAACAAGAGAGGAGGAGGAUAGAAGCCGAUGUUCGGAUGCGGCGUGUUCUGAGAGUGGGCGAAGAGGAGAAGCUUCCGUUUCCGACCGUAAUCAAGGUGGAGAAGCAGAAGCAGAAGGUUGUUCUCGAUCUGCAGGAAGCAAUUAGGGAAGUCAAGGCUAAUGCCAAGCGUAAUUUCAUUGAAACUGUUGAAGCACAUGUGAAGUUGGGAGUUGAUCCACGUCGAGGUGACCAGAUGGUGCGUGGUGCUGCAAGUCUGCCACAUGGUACUGGAAAGGUUGUCCGGGUAGCUGUGUUUGCUGAAGGAGCAGCUGCAGAUGAAGCUAGAGCUGCAGGGGCUGAUAUAGUUGGAGCAGAUGAGCUUAUUGAGGAAAUCAAAAAUAGUGGUGGCAAGCUCAAUUUUGACAAGUGUAUUGCGACGCCCCUUUUCAUGCCCCGUCUUGGAAAGAUAGCAAGAAUUCUUGGACCACGUGGUUUGAUGCCAAACCCCAAACUAGGUUCAGUGACCAGUGAUGUUACUGGGGCAGUGCAAGAGGCGAAACGUGGUCGUAUUGAUUUCAAAAUUGACAAAACUGCCAUUGUGCAUGUGGGCCUUGGGAAGGUAAACUUUUCAGAAGAGUAUAUACGUGAGAAUGUUGGUGCAUUUGUGAACGCGCUUUUACUUGCGAAGCCUGUGGGUUUAAAGAAGACUUCCAAAUAUGCUGGAUAUGUGAAUUCCUUCACUUUGUGCAGUACGAUGGGCCCUGGUUUCCCGGUUUCUAUACAAUCAUUGUCAUUGGCUGCUGACCAUUUCAACAGAUCACAAGUGAAAUGAUGUGGUCUUGUGUAUACCAGGAACUAAAUUUCAAGCCAGCAUCCGUAGUGUAGAAUUAUUCCUUCAAAUUUGUUUCUUUUGGGGGUUUUGUUUAUUGUUGAUGAUUAUAAACCAUACGUCUUAUCUCAAUUUUGUUUCUUCUCUCAAUAAAUUGUUUACUAGCAUUCAGAUUAUACAUGGGUCACAAGGAAGCAUACAUGUGGUUUUUGUGUGUUUCUCUUUGUUUAUC